CAUCGCACAGCUGUGUUUUAUUUCUCUAUAAAGCAGUACCUACCACAGCAGCUGCUCGGGACUGAGUGAGCCUUUCGUGUGCAGCACAGAGGGUCUGGCUCCAGAUUCUGAGUCGUCUGGUCUGCCAAUCCGAGAUGACAUGAAAUGGCCCCAGUGGAGAGGGAUACACUUUGCAGCGGGUUCACUGCCAUGAAACCAUCCAGGACUCCUUCGACCAUCGGCAAACCAAAGGAAUGGGCAGCGCGGUCUAAGAGCAUGGUGCUUGGAGAGUUAUCUCGGAUCUCCAGGCCCUGCUCUCCUCUGGAUCAGGAGAAAACACUGAAGGCAGGAUGGCUAAAGAGACAGCGGAGCAUCAUGAAAAACUGGCAGCUGCGUUGGUUUGUCCUGAGGAACGAAGCUCUGUAUUUCUACAAGGACCAGGAUGAAACCAAGGCACAGGGUUGUAUUCCUCUUCAGUGCAGUCAGGUCAAUGAGCUCCCUGCCAAUCAGGACGAGCCCGGUCGCCACCCUUUUGAAAUUGUUCCAGGGGGGGCUGGAGAAAAGGAUCGAACAGGAGUAAGCCACGAAUCAUUCCUGCUGAUGGCCAACUCCCAGAGUGACAUGGAGGAUUGGGUCAGGGCCAUACGUAGAGUCAUAUGGGCUCCACUUGGAGGAGGUGUCUUCGGGCAGCACCUAGAGGAGACAAUGUUAUACGAGGCUCAGUGUGGGGCGCAGCGACCGGUCCCUUUGCUGGUGGAACAGUGUGCGUGUUUCAUACGUGAACAUGGGCUCAAAGAGGAGGGCCUUUUCAGGGCCCCCGGACAGACCAAUCAUGUUCGAGAGCUGCAGGAUGCCUUCGACCGUGGCGAGAAGCCAGUGUUUGACAGUACCACAGAUGUCCACACAGUGGCAUCACUGCUAAAGCUGUACAUACGGGAGCUUCCGGAGCCUAUAAUCCCAUUCCCGAAAUACACACAGUUUCUAUCUUGUGCUCAGAUUCUUACCAAGGACAAAGCAAUGGGUAUCAUAGAGCUUGGCAAACAAGUGAAAUCCCUUCCCCAGGUCAACUACAACCUCCUUACAUACAUCUGCAAGUUUCUGGAUGAGGUUCAAUCUCACUCCAAUGAGAAUAAGAUGAGUGUUCAGAAUCUGGCCACUGUGUUUGGACCCAAUAUCCUUCGGCCCAGAGUGGAGGAUCCAGUUACCAUGAUGGAGGGAAGUUCCCAGGUGCAGCACCUCAUGACUGUGCUGAUAAGUGAAUACACACAACUUUACCAAAGGGAGCAGCCGGAAACUGAGGCCAAGAUUCCCCCAAAGCCUCAGCAGAGUCCAACACAACGGGGCAAAGCAGAAUGGCUCUCACAACAAAACAAUGACCCCCCAUCUUCCAAAGCCCCUGAAGAGGAACACCGAUCUUCCACCCCUUCAACAGAAAGUAAGCCAACUGCACCAAGCCCAAUUACAUCAGAAAAGGUUGUGGAUGGUCAGAUUGAAGAAAAGACAAAGGGUGAGACAGAAGUGAAAGGGGAUGAAAAAUCAGAUGGCAAAACUGAAGGGAAAGGUGAAAAUGAAGUAGCUAUGAGCCCCAGUAAACAGUCUAAAGCCCUGCCCACGUGGAGGUGCUCCCUCAAAGGGGGGACAGCAUCUGGGGUGCAAAGGGGGAAAAUAGGGGGGUCUGCAGGGGAUGUGUCAGUAGCUGGUGGGAGCAACUGGCUGAUGAAUGGCCUGUCGUCCCUCCGAGUUCACAGGCGCACCACCUCAUCUGGUGAAAGACUCAAAGACACCCUGAAGGACUCAACCCUCUCACUGAAAGAGACCACUCUCCCUCUUAAGGACACACAGAGAGACUCUGAUGAAGACUGCCUUCAGACACCCCUGUCUCACAGAGGCCUCCACCAAUCCCACAGACUGUCUGCCUAUGACAAUGUUGCCCCCUCCAGUCUGAGCCUGCCUGCUGACACCUCAAUCUGGACGUCCUUUGAGAUCUCAUUGGCCGAGCCAAAGGGAAGCGAAAAAGCAGUAAUACUAGAACAGGGUAAAGAGAGCCCUACAGAGGUGAAGGACAGUACAAGUACUCUGGAUAACACUGCAAGCGGCACUGAGGAUGAUAUUACAGGAACAAAUGAAGGUCUCGCCAACAUGCUAACUGACCUCAAGCAGGAGCUGAAGAAACAGAGGACGAGCUACGAAACCUGCAUUCGAAAGUUGGAGGAGUCUUGUUCUAAGUACCAGUCCCGAGUCAACCGCCUCGAGGAGGAGCUGGACCAGGAGAAGAAGAAGUUUCAAAUGCUUGAGAUCCGACUCAGGAACUCGGAGAGGGCACACCAAGACGCAGAGAACCGAAACAACCUCCUGCAGAAAGAGAUGGAGGAGUUCUUCAAAACCCUUGGAGAUCUGACCACAGGAGCAACACGGACCACCUAGCCCAGACCAACCUGCCUUCAUCUGGUCCAUAAGAGGAGGAGGAGCUGGAUUACUUGGAAGACCAGUAAGCCCCAAAGCUUUGAAGACCAAAUACCUCUAGUGCAGUACUACUGCAGCCAUCGUGUCCUGUUUAGUACAGCCGUCUUGUGCCUACACUGAUCAGUGCCGGUGCCAAACGAGAACUCCUCUGGACAAAGCAAGCAUUUUAUCAUUCCGCAGAAUUCCUUAUUAUACACUGUAGGUCAUGUAGCUUAAUAUGUAUUAUCGAAGUUUGUAAAACAGCAACCAAAAAAAAGGCUUUUCUGAUGAUAUGAGGUAGUCUUCCCAUGCACACCCUCCUCAUUUCCCAUUAGAACCUGAUUAGAACUCAUUAGAGAAACAUUUACUUGACAUUAAAAAUAAAGAACAAUGAGACGUUAAAAAUUCAACUCUUUUAUUUGUUGGAGUUGAAGGUAGACAGUUUCCAUUUCUGAUGUAUAUAAUUGGUCUGUUAGUGAGGCAAUUUCAGAUCAAAAGGCUUAACUUUACAUAACUGGCCUGAUCUAAACACACUACAACAGGUUAGCUCUUUGCUGUCAGUAUUUGGCCAACCCAUCAGAAGACUGCAACAUCAUCCAAGUGGUGCCGAAUUCCCAUCUUUCCUCUAAAUGUACCUGCACUAAAGCCAGAUUUGCUCAGAGAAAACUCAUGCGUAUUCUAUUCUAUCUUUUUCUAUUUUUGAGGAAAUGGAGAAGAGGAAAAUGACAAAAACAGGAAGUCACAACAGUCAGUUGAGAUGUGGCCUAGAAAGGGGUAAGGACAUGCGUCACAAUCCCCAAAGUGCAUUCUGGGAGCUGAUGCUAUGGGUCACUGCCUGGAGUGCCCAACUAUGAAAAGAGCAAAGGGACAGGUUGGGAAUUUGAGCCAUCAUAUACAUCCAAAGGUUACCAUGGCAAGUAGCAGUUUCCUGAGCCUCAGAAAACAUACAUACAUUUCCAGUAAAAUGUACAGAUCAAUCACUGACUAUAUUAAUCUAUGAAGUAUAUUGCACAGAAAAACAAAAGAAAAUGAAACAAAAUGCAUAUAAAUAGUAGUUCUGAAUUAAAUGUACAUUACAUACAAUAGACGCCUCCUAGCUUGAAAUAAAUAAAUAAAUAAAUAACGCAAAUAAAGAAAAAAUAUGGAUCUUGUGUUCUUUCCAAUGAUGUGUGCCGUGAUAUACAUAAUGCAUCUUCAAAAAACAUGUGUGCAUGUGAGGUAGAACUCAGAAAGACGCACCACAGAAGAGAGGAGCAUCUGCAACAAAGAGGACUGAAAAAUUAUUGAAGUGAGUAAGGGCACUUAAAUUAAACAUGUUAAAUAUCAGACAGCUGUGACCAAUGUCUGAAAGUGAUUUAGACUUAGUUUCUGGUGACAGUCCCAAAUACAGAACUCAUUCUAGCCAGUGGAGUGGACUAUAUUAAAUUGUUACAGUGCUAACAGUAAUCACUUGCUCCUCACUAAGCAACAUUUCUAUUCACUUACAUUCACCCUGUUGUUCCUCAUCCAACAGACCAUCACCUACAAGUUACAUCUACCUACAUAAGUUAAAAUACAGUCAGUUAACAGUAUGCUAUAGUAAAAAAGAAAUUCAGUGUCAGGGAAAUAGACCAUUUGACUGCUUGUCAAGAUGCACACAAUCAGAGGUGACGUAAUACUAAGAAAUAAGGUGGAUACACCAAAUGACGCUUUCUACAAGAAAGAUGAGGGAAAAUAUUUUUAAAAAAUCAUUCAUCUGCGUUUUGAUUCAAGAUGAAGUGCACUAUAGACUACUGUUAAAAAAGAGAAUUGGUGUAGAUUCAUUCACAUGUCCCAAAACAAUACAAAAAUGCCAAAUUAACAAUUCAAAAAAUAUACUCAACAUAAUAUUGCAGUGCUAACAAUGUGGUUUUCAACUGUGUAGCAGUAGCAAAAAAAACAGCAAUGAGUAAAGUACAGUCGAAUCCCUCUCUUCCAUCACAUACAUCACAGAUUCACAUCAAAACAUACUCUCUUCUUUGCAGCAAAAAUACAGUUAUAAUGAUACAAUUUCAAACCACAGUCAUUUACAGUAGUAUAGGGGGAGGGGAAAUAAAAACAAAC